CUCAUGUCGUAUCUCACUUUUGCAGCACGAUUGCUUGAUGUCGCUGACAAACCAAAGCGGCCAUGGUUGAAAAGUUUUUGGUGACCACAAAGGAAGAAGGGCAACAUCUGCUCAUCCAAGACAGCAUCGUCAUUGCCUUUCAGGACAGACGCCAGACAGCAUUGCAGAAAGAUGUGUUGGAAGUCAGUUUGUCAGUCUGUCUUUGAUGGGAAGUGAAAUGUUCUGUUGCAUUGUGCUCAGCGAUUAGACUUUCUCAGUUGUCAUGGUGGCUAAAGAUAAAACAGUUAUCGGAUGCCAGAAGUGUAGAGACUCCCACCAAUUCCAGAUAAAAGGCGAUGUCGCUAAGAGAGGUGCUUUCAGGUUUUGCAUCACAAUUGGAGAAGGACAGACAUUUUUGUUGCUGAAUUUGGCAAUUUGUAAGAUGCAGCUCUGGGCAUGGUAAUGGAUGAAGGUGUGCCAAGCAGGGGCUGGUAGGAGAUUCUCAUGGUUUGGGCCGAGUUGUGAAACACAUUCCAGCUGACUAAUAGCACCAAGCCUGAAGAGAUGGCCCUCAGCAUGAAUUGCCUUUACUGGACCAGCUGUGGACAGGGAUGCGUGUUGUGAUGGUGAUCAUUUACAAGAAAACAGUGGAAAAAAAGGGCGGUGACGAUGUAACAACAAAACGUACGGACUUGGGCACGGCGCAGACCAUGAGCCAGGGAGCAGCACUUUUUUCUUGUGGACUCAUGGAGACAAGCCGAUGGCGUGAGGUGGGGACCAGCUGCGCCUUGCAGCAGCGGCCGGUCGGAACCAGCCUGGAGAGCCUGUGGGAUGUCCUGCCCGACGUGCACAGAACUUCUGCCCACUGGGGCUGGGACGUGGGCUCCACCUCCAGCACCAUCUCCAGCCUGCUGCAGGACCUGAGUCUGACCGAUGCCUCUCACUCCACCGCGCCCCCCAGCAAGCGCCAGUGCCGGUCCCUGUCCUGCUCUGACGAGCUGAGCAGCUGCCGCUCCACCUGGCGCCCUCAAGGGUCCCGGGUGUGGACGUCGGUGGAGAAGAGGAGGUGCCACAGCGGGGGCAGCGUUCAGCGCAGCGGCCUCGGGAACUCGCAACUCUGCUUCCCGGCUAUGCAGCGCAGCUCCAGCUUCAGCCUUCCUGCCCGCUCCGACGGCCAGGAGCAGCUCUGCUUCCCCCAGCUGUCGUCCAGGCCUUCCGCUUUCUCUGGCCCAACUCCCAACUCCUCUGAUCCGUCUGCCCAGUCCCUCUACCUCUCCCAUGAACAAAUCUGCCUCCCUGAGGCGGAGGAACCCUCACCGGCGAGCUCGCCAGACUCCACUCCAGAACUUGAGCGCCGCGGUGGAGAAGGUGGCCUUGCCCGGAGUCGCUCCCAGCCGUGUGUCUUAAACGACAAAAAGAUCGGUGUGAAACGCAGGCGGCCGGCAGACUCUCAGAAACAGAGGCCUUCCCUGGAUCUGGCAAAGAUGACUCAGAAACUUCGGAAUUUCCACAGCCUCAGCUGCCCUGGGAUCACAAGCGACGACCCGUUAAAGUCUGGCCCGGCGGCCCUCUCUCUCAGGCCCAACACCGAUGACCUGUCUGACAACGAGGACGGCCCGGAGCUCAACGGGAACGAGUCGUCCGACACCGACUGGAACCACAGCGGCCGUGGCGACAACACGAUGGCAGGAACGACCGGAGGGAAGGACGGCGAGACCCUGUGGGUGGGGCUGUGCAGCAUGACGAGGGAUAUGUACCAGCUGGGAGGAGAGCUCGACAUCGAGCAGAUUGAGAGGAACUGAGCUGAGCUGCUUUUUUUCUCCUCUGGCGGGGGAAGCUAAUCACGGGACUGGAAGUUUAUCACCAGGUGGUACAAUAAACAGUGCUGAUAGUCUUAAGGACAAAGCAAAAGGGGAGCUCAUGCAGAGAGCAUUCCAGGGCUUCUUUUUUUUCUUCUUCUUCUUAAAGAGAGACUGAGCAGGAGUUUUGUGCUUUAAAUGUCCAUGUUUGGGGACUUUGUGUUGUUAGAGGCGACUCUCCCCCCCCCCCACUGUGGGGUGUCUCAGGAUAAAACGGAAGUCAGGGAAGAAGGAUCUGAGUUGAAAUAAGAAAAAAAAAACUAAAACAAAAUGGAUACUCUGACAUCACUCUAACCCUGAAUAGCCUACUUGUGCUUUGUUUGGAGAGAAUUCACAGCAGGUUUGUAUAAAUUCUCUGCACUAGAAAGAGUGUCUUUAUUUUUUCUCUGACGUUCCUCACUAGCACAUAGGUACAUGAUGGAGACGAAUGAACACCACUUAUCGAGCUACUGUUGAAGCUCUGUUCACUCUUUACUGAGCAGCAAGCAGCACAAAACACCUAUAAAGUAUCCAGAUGCUUAACGUUUUACUGAGAUCUGAGCUCCUGAAUGUCUGGAAGACGCUUUGAGAUGCUAACUGUGUUAAUGUUCUUUCUUUCUUAUGAUUUGUAACUACAAAGUUAUGUAAAACAUGAACAUAAUUUCUAUAUAAAAAAAUAAAUAAACACAGGUUUAAAAGUGUAAA